AUGGCUGAUCUCCCUUCCCACGAGCCUGCAAGGCGGUAUCCGGGAUGUGAGAUGUGCUCGCGGAGGAAAACCAAGUGUGAGUUUGAUCGUCCGGGUUUGCCAUGUGUGCAGUGUAUCCGGCGCAAGACGAGAUGCGUUUCCGGGGUUCCUUCGAGAAGGGAGCGAAUGACGAGGCGAGAGUCUCUCAAACGAUCCCAAUAUGUGAGAGCUCUAGAGGAGCGUUUGAGACAGACGGAAUCGUUGCUCAGGGCAGCUGGGAUCAUUGCCGACGAAGAUGGCAGUGAAAUGGCUGACCUGGCGUAUGACGAUGAAGGAGAGGAUCAAGAGGAGGAUAGCGAGGAAGGGGAUGACGACGACGACGAUGAUGACGAAAUGGAUGAUGCCAGUCAUACUAUCGAGUACCCUGAGAGCUUGGCCAGCACGGGGCUGUCAACUCGUUCGUCCACGGCACCAGAGUCUACAGACAGGCGCCCGUCCGAAACAGACGAAAUGUCUAUCUCUAUCUUCAAGAUGGAUGGGAGGAAGUCGGAGGAAGACCGAUAUAUCGGCCGAGCAUCUUCCCUGUCCAUUUUAUCGCAGAGAGGCAUCGAAUGGAUCAAAUCCAAAACCGGAGACACUAGCUUCCUUAAGCUGCUCCAUACCGAAUCCUCCCAUGAUAGUCCCUGGGAUUACUGGCGUCCAGACGUUUUCCACGACCUCUUCGCCUCCAAGGUGUUCAAACCCCUGCCCCCACGGGCAGAAGUGUUUGCCCUCUUGAGCGAUUACUUUCGGACCGUCAACCGCCUGUUUCCCCUCUAUCACGAGGCCUCGUUCAUGCGCUUGGUCGAGUGGCAGUACACUCAACAGACGUGCGACGACGCCGCUCGCUGGGCCAGCAUCAAUAUCAUCAUCUCGCUGGCUUACGAGUACCGUUUUUCCAACAGUCUCAAGCCGGAACGAGAUAAGGAGAGAGCAUGGAUGUACUUCAAGAACUCUCUGUCGGUCUUUUCAGAACUUGCCUUACGAAGGACCGAUCUGUUGAGUAUCCAGGCUCUUCUAGGAAUGGCUCUCUUUCUACGAGGAAAUUCGGGCACACAAUCCGUCCUACCCCUUGUGACGGCAGCUAUGCGAUCCUGCCAGAGAUUAGGCCUGCACCGGAAUGUUCCACGGUCAAACUUGUCUGCCGCAGAGCGAGAACAGAGGAAGAGGGUGUUUUGGAUUGCUUACAUUCUGGACCAAGGCACGUGCAUUCGUUCAGGAAGUGCCCCGUCUCAACACGCCGACGACAUCGAUAUCGGUUUUCCUGAAAGCAUCGAAGACGAUACCACAAGCCCCCAUCCCUGCAAUAUCUCCUUCUUCAGUCAGCUUUCCCAUCUGUCCUGGAUUAGGAGCCGGAUUUACGGUCGGCUCUACUCCACCAGAUCGCUGGACCAAAUGCCAGAAGAAGCCUGCGCGACGGUUGUUGAACUGAGCCGUGAGCUGGAAGAAUGGCGGCGUGACCACCCGUUCGAAAUGCACGUCAAGCAGCGACCAUCAGGAAAGGACUUUCUCCUGGGAUUCGCCUCCAUUGGCAUCCAACUGGUGUACUACAAUGCCCUGAUCAUGGUCAACCGCUUCCCGUCGCUCUUAUGUUUGUGUUACCGCUCCGAUCCGAUGAACGCCAGCUCGAUGAGACAUAUCACUCCUCAGCUCGCAAAGCAGACGUCCACCUCGACUGCCAUCUGCAUGCAGGCCGCUCGAGAUACCCUGGCCCUCGUGAACAGCAUGCCAUGGGGGGACAUUGCGUGGAUUUGGUCUCUCCUCUACUAUGUCUUCCACGCCGUGAUGACUUUAUUCAUCAACUUGUUGCGUGACAGUAAACACCCCAAGGCGUGGGACGACCUCCAACUCCUCAACAUGGCGGCAACCUUCUUUUCCACCCUCAUGCCCGCCGAUGGCCCUCAUAACCAUGUCAGGUUCAUGACCAAGAUGAGCUUGAACUUCGAACGGAUCGCCAGGUCCAUCGUCGAGAAGGAGGGCAAAGAGAUCAAGAGUCGGGACCACGAAUCCGUCCCUGUUGCAUCCGCCAAGCGAUCGCCUACCACCACCAUUGCUACACACCCGCCGCCUCUCUCAAAAACCAUCUCACCCUCGCCACCUCUUCAUCCUCCACAGACCGCAAUACCAGCCCGUCCCGCCGAUACCACUACCCCCCCAGACCACAUCCAAAUCCCCCCGCACAUAGAGGGACUCCCUCGCAUCAACUCCGUCGGCUACGUCGUGCCCGAAAGUCCCAUCAGCUCCGAAGGCCAUCCAUCGCCUAUUUCUCACCCACCAUCCAACAACAACAACAACAACAACAACAACAACAACGCCUUCAUGCUCGGCGCGCCCCAUAUCCUCCCGACCACAAACACAGGCAAUAAUAAUAUCAACAACAGCAGGAUUCCCAUUUCCGCUCCUCCCCUCGAGUACGGCCUCCCCUUCUUCGCGGAUAACGUCGUUCCAGACUUCUGGGCCAUCCCCGCUCCAGCCGACGACUUCCUCAACAUAUCCUCCUCCUCUUCCUCCUCCUAUCAUCCACACUCGCACGGCUUACACGGAACCCCUAUCAAUACCAAUGAACAUAUGCAACCAUCCUUCCACCACCAGCCGAAUAUCAAUAACAUCCCCCUUCACAACCCUGCCGCCCCAUCGACAUCUUAUACAGAUAUGCCCAUGGAUCCAAACCCAGGCGCUGGUCCGUUCUGGGCUCAGGGGUUUUUGAAUUUCUUCUAG